GACAGGGACAAGCUCGUGGAUGUUCCCUGAGCAAACAACUGGAAACACAGGUGGAGCACGACCCACUCAGAGUUUGGCCGGACUGGCAGUGGACGUGUGUGCGAGUGUGUGUCAAGGACAGCGGACAAGAACCGUGUGUAUGACAGAUGGACAUGUUGACAACCUGAGGAGCCACAGAAGACCAACAAUGUGAUGUUUCAUCUCCACCACUCGUAUCUGUCAGCAGCUGCUUUACAUUUAACACGGUUUUCUUUGCAAGUCCAGUUGUUCUCCAAAUUCCCAGGAAAGUGUUUUGCUGCAUUCCCUGCACUGGGAUACUGAAAGGGAUGGACAGCAGUGACCCGCAUGAGGUUGAAAGAGAAGCCACGUGGAAAGAGAGUGAUGGAGAGAAGGAUAAACGGCUGAAGAACCGGCUCAACAGAGAGGAGAAAGGGGUGAAGGAGAUCAAAGGAAAUCAGAAAGAGAAGAGGAAAGAGAACCGAACCGGGUCUCUGUGGAGGAGUGGAUGGGCGUUGAGUGAAAGACUCGCCAUCAACGUGUCAGGGAUGCGUUAUGAAACCCAAGUUCGCACAUUGGCCCAGUUCCCUGACUCCCUGCUCGGUGACCCCGGGAGGAGGUCUCGGUACUUUGACCCUCUUCGAAAUGAGCUCUUCCUGGACCGGAACCGAGCCUGCUUCGAUGCCAUUCUGUAUUUUUACCAGUCAGGCGGGAGACUCCGCAGGCCAACAAACAUACCGCUGGACAUCUUCAUGGAUGAGCUGAUGUUCUACGAGCUAGGGGAGGACAUCAUAAACCGCUUCAAGGAGGACGAAGGUUUUCCGAAAGAGGAGGAGAGGCCACUGCCGUCCAACGAGGUCCAGAAAAGACUGUGGAUGCUCUUUGAGCACCCAGAGUCAUCAUCGGGCGCUCGCAUCAUAGCCAUCAUCAGUGUUAUGGUCGUGGUGGUGUCCAUCCUCAUCUUCUGCCUGGAGACUCUGCCUGACUUCAGGAAUGAGAAGGAGAUGCGGGAGGACUGCUGUGCUAGGCCCGGCUGCCUUUGCACGAGCAAGCUGCCAGGAAACUGCUGUAACUUAUUCCUGUGCGCGUCCUCUGCAGACCCACUGAACUACAUUGGCUACGCUAACAUGGCCGCGGUGGCGAGAGAGAUGGGAUAA